AUGGAAAAUCCUCUACACGAAGACUUUCUGAAGAGAGAAGAAGAAAAAGAGAGAUGGAUAGAGUAUUGGGCCGUUCUAAGAAAUUCAGUUCUAUACUUCUACGAUGAACAGACUGAUAUUUGUCACGAGUACUGUGACAAAAUCGAACUUACCCCAGACGCGAAAUGUUUUACGGUUAGACGAAAAACGUACAGUCAUAGAUUUAAACUGAUCACCGAUGAAGGAGCAUGGCUAUUAAAAUGCCACACAAAUAUACAAAGACAUCGAUGGAUGCAUGCGAUCGAGUUAGCAGUGCGAGAACUUUCUUCAGAGAGAACGGAAAUCGAUUCAGCUGUUUGUGUUCCUGGCGGGCCAUACAGCCAUUGCUACGAGAAAGAUUUGCUCGGAAGAAGGGUUCAAAGAGAAGCGCGAAAACGAGACGCCGCAGCCACGGCGUGCGAAAGCAACAACAACAGCACUCUAGAGGAACUGAGUAUGAAUCUAAAACUUGAACAAAGGGAAAACAAGAGUUUUUCAAAAACAAGGGCUUCUACAAAGAAUUUCAAAGGAGAGAAACCACGGCAAUUCAAAGAUAAACACAAGAACUUUGCCUUUGAAACAUUACAAUGCGAAAAUUCCACAAAUUCAGAUCUUGGUAUUCCAGUGGAAAAUCUCGGCUUCUCCGAUGAUGAAACCUCGACCGAAAGCAAAGAAAAGACUUGCAGUGGCUUUGAUAUUCCCGUAGCAAAAUUAAUCCAGGUUGAGCCUAAAUGA